AAUUUUAAGUAAAAAAAUUAUUUUUAUAACAAAUAUAAAUUUAAGGAUUAAAAGAUCAAAAAAAUAUAAUCAGAGAACUAACUAUUCUCUAAUAGAAUAGGAAGUUUUCCAUUAUCUUUGACCAAGUAGACGAAAUUGAAAUGAAUCUGACAAUUAAUAAAUCACUUAGAAAUAAAACAUAGUUUCUAAACUAAAAUGAAAUCAAGGUGAUAGUUAAUAAACUAAAAAUUAAAUUAAGCCAUUUUCAUACGCUAGAGAAAAGGACUUCUAACAUUCUCUCUUCUCCAUGUUCUCAUCAGGCUGUCUGGGACGGAAAACUCUUCUUAAUCUAACCAAAUUUCCCCGUCGACAUAAACCUUUUUCCACAGCUGCCGUUUUCCCGACUGCAGACGACCUCCUCGCUCUAAGCUCCGACGCCAUUUCUCUCCUGCAGGCUAAGCAAAUACACGCCUGCGCUAUUCUCAACGGCCAUCUUCCUGUAAAUGGCGCUGUCUGCGCCUCUCUCAUCCUGCGUUAUGCCGACUUCAAUGCGCCUUCUACUUCUCGCAUUUUGUUUGAGCAAACUGUUCCAUAUGAUCACACUGCAUUCUUGUGGAACACUCUCAUGCGGGCUCUAUCAGUUGCUAGAGUUUCUGGGAGUUUUGAUACGUAUAAUCGAAUGUUUAGGAUUGGUGUUAGACCCAAUGAUCGUACUUUUCCUCUCGCGCUAAAGAUAUGUGCUGAUGAUUUCGAUGUUGCAAAGGGUAUGGAGAUUCAUGGGUGCUUGAUUAAGAUGGGAUUUUAUUGUGAUGUUUUUGUAGGGAAUACCCUUCUGCUGUUCUAUGGAAACAAUGGAGUUUGGCGGGACGCAGAGAAGGUGUUUGAUGAAAUGUGUGAAAGAGAUGUUGUGACCUGGAAUACGGUUAUUGGGAUGCUUUCAGUCAAUGGUUUUUAUUUUAAGGCGCUUCGAUUGUUCUGUGAGAUGAUUUCGAGGUCUGCAUAUAAGCUGAAUAUGGUGACUGUUGUCAGCGUGUUGCCUGCUUGUGCAGAGGUCAGAGAUGAGGGGAUGACGAGGCAGAUUCAUGAUUAUGUUCUCAAGGUUGGUUUGGAUUCUCAGGUGAGGAUUGGAAACGCAUUGGUUGAUGCAUAUGGAAAAUGUGGGAAUUUGAAGGCUUUGAAGCAAGUUUUUGAUGAAAUGGAGGAUAGGAAUGAGGUUUCUUGGAAUGCAGUUAUCAACAGUCUUGCUUAUGCUGGGUUUAAUAAAGAUGCCUUAGGUGCAUUUAGGUUGAUGAUGAAAGCAGGACUGAGACCUGAUUCUAUCAGCAUUACUACCAUACUUCCUGUGUUGGUUGGGAUGGAAUUUUUCAAUUUAGGGAAGGAAAUUCAUGGAUUCAGCUUAAGAAUAGGUGUUGAAUAUGAUGUUUUCAUUGCCAACUCAUUGAUUGACAUGUAUGCAAAAUCAGGCCAUCCAACUGAAGCAUUAAAUGUGUUUCAGCAGAUGCAUUUGAAGACUGUUGUUUCAUGGAAUGCCAUGGUUGCCAAUUUCACUCAAAAUGGGCAAGAAUUAGCAGCUAUAGAACUGGUAAGAAAAAUGCAAGUUCAUGGAGAAACCCCUGAUUCUUUUACUUUAACAAAUGUACUGCCAGCUUGUGGACGAUUAGGUUUCCUUCAAACUGGGAAAGAAAUUCAUGGCAGGACUUUCCGUAUGGGAUCCAGCUUGGAUCUAUUUGUUUCAAAUGCUCUGACAGACAUGUACGCAAAAUGUGGCUGCCUAAUUCUGGCAAAAAAUCUCUUUCACAUCUCUAGCAGAGAUGAAGUUUCCUACAAUAUUAUGAUUUUAGGAUACUCUCAAACCAGUGAUGCCUCAAAAUCUGUGAGUUUAUUUUCAGAAAUGGGGCUCAUUGGCUUGAAGCAUGACAUGGUUUCAUUUGUGGGAGUCAUUUCAGCUUAAAACACACCAUGAUUGAAAAAAAAAAAAAAAACCACAGCAUAAUAUAAAAGAAAUCAACAAAAAAUGAUUUGAUAA